GAAGACUAAACGUGAAAAUCCUCAAACACACGGUAUACGUUCGCCACCUCCAUUGUUAAACCUCCUAAGAUUCUCUCUCUCUCUCUCUUCAGUAAGAUCCCCACAUGCUUUGUUCAGUCCCACCUCUUCCUUAUUUCUCUCUCUUCUCUUAGUAUUUAGUAUAUCUCUUCUCUUGUUAUCACUCACUUAGUUUUCUGUAUAGAUUCUAUUCUCUCUUCUUCUUCUUCUUCAGUUUCAGUUAAACCAAGAAAAGCUUGAAUCUUUAGAGUGGGAGAGGAAAAGAGAGGAAAAAAAACCAAGAUUCUUUCUUUCUCUUGUAAACCCUUUGUUCUUGCCCAAAGUUUUAUGGAUAAACUGGGGAAAUGGAGCCACAUUGUGUUGUUUACUGUGUUUUUGAGUUUUCAGGUUGCUUGGAGUAAGGGCUGGGAUGGGGUUGUGGUUACUGAGGCGGAUUUUCAGGCGCUGAGUGCUUUGAAGCAUGAAUUGGUUGAUUCCAGGGGGGUUUUGAGGAGCUGGAAUGAUAGUGGAGUUGGGGCUUGUUCAGGGUGGGUGGGGAUAAAGUGUGUGAAUGGGCAGGUGAUUGCUAUUCAGCUCCCAUGGAAGGGUUUGGGGGGCAGAAUCUCUGAGAAAAUUGGGCAAUUCCAGGCUCUCAGAAAGCUUAGUCUCCAUGAUAAUGUUCUUGUUGGCCCUGUUCCCACCUCUCUGGGAUUCCUUCCUAAUCUCAGAGGCGUUUAUCUCUUCAAUAAUCGGCUUUCGGGUUCGGUUCCGGCCUCAAUUGGGAGAUGCCCAUUGUUGCAGACUCUUGAUUUGAGUAACAAUCAGCUCAGUGGCUCUAUCCCUCCCAGUCUUGCACAGUCCACUAGGCUGUACCGUUUGAAUCUCAGCUUCAAUGCCAUUUCUGGCUCAAUCCCAGUAAGUCUCACUCAAUCCCCUUCUCUUAUUUUUCUUGCUCUUCACCAUAACAAUCUCUCUGGCUCUGUUCCUGAUUCUUGGGGUAGUAAGGUUGCAAGAAACACUUCUUAUAAGCUCCAGUUCUUGACCCUGGACCACAAUCUCCUCUCUGGAAAAAUCCCUAUUUCUCUUAGCAAGUUGAGUCUGCUUGAACAGAUUAGCCUUAGCCAUAACCAAAUUUCUGGUACCAUACCUGAUGAGCUAGGUAGUUUGUCUAAGCUUCUGGUUCUUGAUUUCUCUGAUAAUGCCAUUAAUGGUAGCUUUCCUUCUAGUUUCUCCAACCUCACUGCUCUUAGCACCCUGAAUCUGGGGAACAAUAUUCUGGAUAAUCAUAUCCCGGAUGGGAUAUCUGGGAUGAAAAAUCUCUCGGUGUUGAACUUGAAUAACAACAAGUUUACAGGCCAAAUCCCUGAUUCCAUUGCAAACAUUUCUGGCCUAACUGUUCUUGAUUUGUCCAAGAACAACUUCAGUGGCGAAAUCCCGGAUUCUCUUGAUACAUUGUCAAACCUAACUUCUUUCAAUGUUUCAUAUAACAAUCUCUCUGGUUUAGUCCCAUCUCUGCUUUCCAAGAAAUACAAUUCCAGUGCUUUUGUGGGGAAUCUUGAGCUGUGUGGAUACAGUUCUUCCACUCCCUGCCCUUCUCCCCCACCUCAAAAUCUCCCUUCUCAGGGGCCUUCCAGGCCCCACCGCCGGAAACUCAGCGCAAAAGACAUUAUUCUAAUAGCCGCCGGAGCCCUUUCCAUAAUUCUCCUUCUCCUCUGCUGCGUUUUGCUCUGCUGCUUGAUCAAGAAGAAGGUGAGUUCAAGCCCUAAGAAUGGGAAAACCAGCGGGGCGGCGGCUUCCUCUGCCAGGGCUGCAAAACCGGCUCUAAGUGGCGGCGCUGCUGAAACUGAACCGGGCGGCGAAACUGGGGGAAAGCUUGUCCAUUUUGAUGGCCCUUUCGUGUUCACCGCCGAUGACUUGUUGUGCGCCACGGCCGAGAUCAUGGGGAAGAGCACUUAUGGGACGGCCUACAAGGCUACAUUGGAGGAUGGGAACCAAGUUGCGGUGAAGAGGCUAAGAGAGAAGAUCACAAAAGGGCAGAAAGAGUUUGAACAUGAAGUUGCAGAGCUUGGGAAGAUUAGGCAUCCCAGUAUUUUGGCUCUUAGGGCUUAUUACUUGGGACCUAAAGGAGAAAAGCUUCUUGUCUAUGAUUACAUGUCCAAUGGCAGCCUUUCCUCUUUCCUUCAUGCUCGAGGGCCCGAGACAGCUAUAGACUGGGCAACAAGGAUGAGCAUUGCGAUGGGGAUAACCCGGGGGCUAUGUUUCCUCCACACUAAGGAAAACAUUAUCCACGGAAACCUCACCUCAAGCAACAUACUUCUCGAUGAGAAGAACAGUCCGAGGAUUGGAGAUGUCGGCCUGUCGAGGCUAAUGACCAGUGCAGGCAACACGAACGUGAUAGCCACGGCUGGCACGCUAGGCUAUCGCGCCCCGGAGUUAUCCAAGCUGAAGAACGCGAGCACGAAGACAGAUAUAUACAGCCUGGGGGUGAUAAUCCUGGAGCUUCUGACCGGGAAAUCCCCGAGCGAGGCGACGGACGGGCUGGAUUUGCCGGCCUGGGUAGCGUCGAUCGUGAAGGAGGAAUGGACUAAUGAAGUGUUCGAUGUGGAGCUGAUGAGAGAUGCGCCUAAUAUCGGAGAAGAGCUGCUCAACACCUUGAAACUCGCCCUGCACUGCGUGGACCCUUCCCCGGCUGCCAGGCCGGAAUCUCAGCAGGUUCUUGAGAAGCUGGAGGAGAUUAAGCCGGAGAUUGCUGCGAAUCCCAGUUGUUCUGGAGAUGAUGGCGCACCAGCUGAAGAAAAAGUUGGAGAUGAAGAAUAAAUUUUUUAAUGGUUGCCUUGUGGGAUUGCUUUUAGUUUUCUGCAUUUCUUGGAAUCUAGUUAUAGAUAGGUUAUUGAUUCAUUCAUUUAAUUUAUUCAUCUCAUCUGCUACAAACAGAAGUGCUGUGUUUCUUUUUGUUUACAGCUUUUUUUGGUUACUAAAUUGUAUAUAUAAGAUAAGAGUGAACUCUAUAUAUAGAUUGUUUUUAUCAAUUCCUUUUGUUUGCUCUAUUUGUAAUAAACAAGAAAGUUCUUUCUUUGGCUUCAA